UUUGUGGACAGAUAUCGUCAAAUAUUGGAAAAAGCCAUUCAGCUGUCGGGUGUAGAACAACUUGAAGCUUUGAAAGCUUUUGUAGAAGCAAUGGUGAACGAGAAUGUCAGUCUAGUGAUCUCACGUCAGCUACUGACAGAUUUCUGUACCCAUCUUCCAAGUCUUCCUGACAGCACCGCGAAAGAAAUUUACCACUUCACCUUGGAAAAGAUACAGCCUAGAGUUAUUUCAUUUGAAGAGCAGGUCGCUUCAAUAAGGCAACAUCUUGCAUCAAUCUAUGAGAAAGAAGAAGACUGGAGAAAUGCAGCACAAGUAUUGGUGGGGAUCCCUUUGGAAACAGGGCAAAAACAAUACAAUGUAGAUUAUAAACUGGAGACCUACCUGAAAAUUGCCAGGCUGUAUCUGGAAGAUGAUGACCCCGUGCAGGCAGAAGCUUACAUUAAUCGAGCUUCCCUGCUUCAGAAUGAAUCAACUAAUGAACAGCUGCAAAUCCAUUAUAAGGUUUGUUAUGCUCGAGUUCUUGAUUACAGAAGAAAGUUCAUUGAGGCUGCCCAAAGAUACAACGAGCUCUCCUAUAAGAGCAUAGUCCAUGAAACUGAGCGACUGGAGGCACUGAAGCAUGCUUUGCAUUGCACUAUUUUGGCAUCAGCAGGACAACAGCGUUCUCGCAUGCUUGCUACGCUCUUCAAGGACGAGAGAUGCCAGCAGCUCGCAGCCUAUGGGAUCUUGGAAAAAAUGUAUCUCGACAGAAUUAUCCGUGGAAAUCAACUGCAAGAGUUUGCAGCUAUGCUGAUGCCUCACCAGAAGGCAACUACAGCCGAUGGUUCCAGUAUCCUGGACAGAGCUGUUAUUGAACACAACUUACUGUCUGCAAGCAAACUUUACAACAACAUUACUUUUGAAGAGCUUGGAGCAUUACUAGAGAUCCCUGCAGCUAAGGCAGAAAAGAUAGCUUCUCAGAUGAUAACUGAGGGUCGUAUGAAUGGAUUCAUCGAUCAGAUUGAUGGAAUUGUUCAUUUUGAGACUCGUGAAGCUUUGCCAACUUGGGACAAGCAGAUUCAGUCGCUGUGUUUCCAAGUUAAUAACCUGCUGGAGAAGAUAAGUCAGACAGCACCAGAAUGGACAGCACAGGCAAUGGAGGCCCAGAUGGCUCAGUGACUGUGCAGCCAUUUUCUGAAUGGAGGCAACUGACUGCCUGCUGUGCUGGAAGGAGGGAACUGAGUAGAACCAAACAACCCACCUUUGUUUCCUCACCUUCUGCACUCACGCUGGCUUAGGACACAAUUAGGUGAUACCAUGUUUGGUGUGACAGUCUCCCUGUUCUCCAGGUCUAGAAUGAUGCUGUCGCUGCCUCUGCAUUGCACUCUGCAGUCCUAAAAGCUGUGG